CGAACCUGCUUAACAAUCACUCUGGUAUGCUUGUUUGAAAACUUCGGAAGUUGUAAAAUUUCCGCGUGCCGAAGAAGUCCCACACUCUAUGUGGCUUUAGACUUAGGUACCCAGUGGAUGCGUGUUUUCUUGCCCAUUUGGAUCUUGUAGACUUAGAAAAGGACUUUAACCCCAUUACGUUAGGAGUUAUUGAAAAAGGAUUUUAAAUCGAGUAGAGCAAGAGAUUUUAUUAACUGGUGUGUUUUGACGUAUAUCUAGAUUCCAAGCGUUAUCGUCUAAGAAGUACAAGAUGCCGACACCCGAAGGCCUGAAGCCAGAGAUUAAGGAUAACAGUGAUGGCUCCAUAUACGUCCAGUAUCACCCGACCAUCCAGGGGCGACAUGAGGUCCAAAUGUCCUUUGAAGGGUCCGGCAUUGACGGUAGCCCCUUCCAGUGCCUUGUCGACUCCAUAGACAGCGGGUAUGUGUCCAUCUUCGGCAGCGGCCUCGUCGGCGGCAUGUCGGGAGAAAACGAGUCGUUCACCGUCGUAGCCAAGCACGGAACCUUAAAUGACAUACAAGUGACCAUUGACGGACCGGCCAGAACCGAUGUGAAGCGCGAGAACAAAGGGGACAGAGCGGAGUUCUCGUAUAUGCCCAUGACCCCCGGGGCCUACAGUAUCAACAUCAAGUACAAGGGCAAGGACAUUAAGGGCUCCCCCUUCCAGGCGAAAAUCUCAGGCGAGGGUCGCAAACGUUCCCAAAUCUCGAUAUCCAACUGUAGCGACUACGCGCUGAACGUUUUAGAGCCGGAAAUCGUAGAUCUGACCGGAUCCCUCAAGAAGCCGUCGGGUGCGAUCGAACCAUGCAUCCUGAAGAAGCUGGCAGAAGGGCGUUUAGGCAUUGCCUCCUUCACCCCAAAGGAGAAGGGAAACUACGCCGUGAACGUGCACACGUCCAGCGAGAAGCAUAUCAAGGGCAGCCCCUUCAACAUCGCCGUCGGCGAUAAGGAGAUGGCCCAUGCCAGCAAGGUCACGGUCAGCGGCAACCUGAACAGCGCCAACGCCAACAGCGAGAACCACAUCGUCAUCGACACCAACGGCUCCGGUUAUGGCGGUAUCAGCGUGGUCAUGGAGGGUCCUCACAGAACCGAGCUCGACUUCAAGGAACUGGAAAACCGGAAGUACCAGGUCUACUUCAGCCCCCACGAGCCCGGGAUAUACAUCCUCAAUAUCCGGUUCGCCGACGAGCACGUUAAUGGCAGCCCCUUCCUGCUGAAUGUGGGUGGCGAGCCCUCGGGACGCGUACGUGAGACGGUCACCAGAGAGAUGGAGCAGGCCGAGCCCGUGAUGCCGAAAACCAAAUGCGAAUUCCUUCUUAAGAUUCCAGGCACGAACCCGUUCGAUAUGGAGGCGUCCAUUACUGACCCUGAGGGCAAGACGGAACUGUGCGAGGUGAUGGACGAGGACGACUUCCACUACCGCAUCAACUUCACCCCGCAGGACAAGGGCAACCACAUCGUCAGCAUCAAGCACAAGGGCAUGCACAUCUCCGGAAGUCCCUUCCAGUACACUGUUGGUCAACUGAAGACCGGCGGCUCCCACAAGGUGCAAGUGGGGGGCCCCGGGGUGGAGAAGGGAGAAUGCAACCUCUGGAAUACUUUCAACAUCUACUCUCGCGAGGCUGGGGCCGGAACUCUGAGUGUAGCUAUUGAGGGGCCGGGCAAGGCCAUGAUUAAGAUCGAGGAGAGGCCGCACGGAUUCCUGGGAGUUUCAUACAAUGUUGACAAACCAGGUCAGUAUGGUAUCCACUUGAAGUUCAAAGACGAGCACAUCCCCGAUUCACCCUUCAAGGUGACCAUCUCGCCCGAUGGAGGCGUUGCCAGACAGGUUACAGUUCACGCCCUCAAGGACCGCGGGCUAUCGAUCGACAAGGCGGCGACGUUCACCGUCUCGUUCAACGGUGCUGCCGGUCAGUUGCACGCCUUCAUCAGGUCACCUUCCGGCGGCCAUGAUGACUGCUUUAUUCAAGAAAUGGACACAGGGGUUUUUGGCAUUAGGUUCAUUCCUAAGGAGAACGGCGUUCAUUACGUCGACGUGAAGCUGAACGACAUGCACGUGCCCGACAGCCCGUUUGCCGUCAUGGUCGGCUCUGUUGCCGCCGAUCCCGCCAUGGUGCACGCGCAUGGAGACGGUCUUGAGACCGGAAAUGUCAACAAGCUGAACAAGUUCGUGGUGCGCACCGCGGGCGCUGGUUCCGGUUUCCUGGCCGCCUUCAUUGACGGCCCCUCUAAGGUUGCGCUGAGCUGCAAGGAAGUGGACGAGGGAUAUGAGUUCCAGUACACACCCUUCUGCGCCGGCAAAUAUCUUAUCACUCUCAAGUACGGCAACAUCGGCAUCGCCGGAAGUCCCUACCAGGCCGUCAUUAGCGGCACCGGCCGGAAGCCGUCGCCAAUCCUGGAGCAGUCCUCCAUGGUGGUGGAGACGGUGGAAAAGAAGCCGGGCAUGAAGGCUUCCCGUCGCUUCCGGGGUGACGCCAGCAAGGUGGUCGCUUCCGGUCCUGGAAUCAAGAAGGCCUUCCUGAACCGCGCACAGAAUCUCACCUUAGACGUUAAAGAAGCGGGAAACGCUAUUCUGUUCGUCGGCAUGAUUACGCCCAACGGCACACCGGAAUCGGAACUGGUCGUCAAGCGGGCGUCGAACACCUCGUACACCGUCACGUACACGUGCAAGGAGGCGGGAGAGCACUUGCUGCAAAUUAAGUGGGGCGACGAUGACAUUCCCGGAAGUCCGUUUUGCCUUCACGCCUAACUUUGACAAUUCCCCUUAUGUUAACGUUAUGAUUUAUUUUUCAUUUUACAACAUUCAUUUAUGUUGUGUGUUUUUUUUUCGAGUUCAUUUGAUUGUAACUGAUUGUAACUGACAGUUGCUUCGGAGACGUGUCGUUGUUGUCGCAUUCACAUUCGAGUCGGCGUCGUGGUGCGGCACGUUGGAGCUCACCUGAGAUCACCGUCGGCAUGGUGAGCUUUUGUGCUCGCAUUUAGUCUGUCGUUUGUCGUGCUUUGGGCGUCGUUUCUUUUAAACAAUUACAUUGAGGCCACAUUUAUUGCUUAACAUAUGUCUCAAUGACAUCUCGGUCGAUUUUGAAAAUUGUUCACACGGUUUUGCCCAAUCACCAUAAUACUCUUUUUCUACUGAUACUUCAGACGAGUUCAAGCAUGGUUUGGGAUAUAAAGCAAGGCCAGAUGCCGCAAUUAUAAUACAAACAUCACACAAGCUGCUAAGAACAGUUUAGUUUCCUCGGCGCUCAGGUGGGCGACAAAGGGUCCUUGGUCGUCUUGUUGAAAGAAAAGGAAGAUCCGGUGAUGCUGUUGUUUGCGGUACGUCCAUUGAAGUUUUAAGAUAAGACAGGCUAAUCUGGGACCCAGUUUUGAUGCCUAGUAUUCCCAGAAAAUGCUCAUCAAAUUAAGGUUAUUCAAGAACCGAACAAUCGGGAGUUAUACGUAUGGUUCCGAUUUACGCGAAACAUGUAUUUUUUUGCCACCCGCAACAGAUUUAUGUAGCAAGUGCUUUCAGAUGCAUGUAAUCCAAGUUGGAUCAUAACUGAAAAGAAAUAAAUUAGAAACAAAUGCAUUGCUAUGAUUUUUUCAAUUGUCAAUUGAGUAUCGAUCCAGUUUUAUAUAACACUUAAUUGUAUAUAUGACACGUGUUUGUAUUUUUCCUAAUAGUAAUACAAUUUUUCCCUGGUAUUGUGACUGUGUUGAAUUUUGUUUUAAAUAAAAUAACCCGUUAAUCACGUGUAUAUGGUCUGUGCGAAAAUGGUUUCAUAUGUACCGUGCUCUGUGAACAAGGGGUUUAAUGCAUACGCGUAAAAUGCCGUCCCAGAUUAGCCUGUGCUAAUGAUAGUUUUCGUUUAAAAAAAGUAUUUUCAUCGCAAAAAUCCAGUUAAGGUGGAAAGUGCCGUCCCUGAUUAGCCUGUGCGGACUGCACAGGCUAAUAUGGGACGACACUUUACGCACAUGAAUAAAACUCCUUUUUCCACAGAGCACGGUCCGAUUGUAUAGUUGUUGAUCAUGUUUAGCCUAUUAUACAAAUCAGUUUCAUGUAACCAUUGUCUUUCUUGUAAAAAGAAAGAAGUAACUUUAUUUAAGGAGUAGGGUUUUGGAUAAAAAACGUAGGAAAAAGAUGCGUUAUGUAGCCGUAUGGUCACUGAGUGAUUUUCCGAAAUUGUGACAAUUAACAAAAAAACUAUGUUACAGGCAUUUCUAAUAUAAAGCUUUUAGUGCAAUUGUGUAUUUAUUUAUUUGUUUGUUCUCUGUUGUUUUAGAUAUCUUUAUGUACAGGUUGCCAGUUUUUCAGUUCGUUUUACGCUAGAGUUAUGUCACUUUGUUAUACAACAUACAAUGUACGAAAACAAUAUUUGCUAUUUUCUCUUUUGAAUUAAGUUAAACGUAAAACAUUGACAUUUCAUUUGUUUGUCAUUGUAUUAAGCUUAGAAGUUUUAUAUGCAGUUUGCAUGUUAAAUCGCGAGCACGAAAGUAUUCUUAACCAACAAAGUAGCGAGGCAUUUUGUGUCAUCUACGGAAAUUGUAUGCUUGAUUUUCGUCAUUCGUGUAUGAUUGAAGUGUGCUGUUAAUAUGAUUGGAGUCUAUCACCAUAUCUAGGAAUGUUUAGUAAUAAAUUAAACAUUGAGAUUCAACCCAA